AUGGGUGGCCAGCCCAUGCAACUGUCUCAGUCACAACAGCUCUCAUCACAACCACAGCAAAAGUUUGCAAUGCCGCAUCCGCGACAGUCCCUACCUUCCCAGCCCAUGCAAAACCAAGGUCUGGAUGCAGUUGACCUUGAUGAUAGCGGCAUCGGGAUGGGCCUCGUUGAUGAUGACCUGGCUAUGUCCAAGUAUGGCCUCUUGAGUGGGGACAUGUCGGUUAACAUCCUCUGA